AUGUCUAAAGCUUAUUUGCUUCUGUUGUUCCUUGGAGUGAUGGUUCUUCUCACCACUCCAUUCCCAUCCCUUGCUUUUAAUGGUCCUCCCAAGGAAGACGACCCAUUUCCAGAGCGCAAACCACCAAUUACCCCUAAGAACGAGGAGCCACCAAAACAACCAGGUGAUUGUCAAGCGUGCCCGUGUGCUCAUGCGGGCAGUGACAAUAAGCCAGUAGCCCAACCUCACCUUUUGGGACAUGGUGUUGAGGACUCCGACGAUCCACCGAGCAAACCAUUUGGCAAAGGCAAACCACCAAAGGGUAAGGGAAAGAAGCCGCCACUUGUUCAUCACUCUGGACACCUUCUGUCAGAGGAAGUAUACUUCCAACCACCACGCAAGUUAAAUCAAGCAAUGCUUCCUAACCGGCCCCCAGUGCCUCCAUACCAGCCCCCUAAUGAGCCUCCACAUAGGCCUCCCCAUGAACCCCCACACCAGCCCCCUAAUGAGCCUCCACAUGAGCCCCCCCAUGAACCCCCCUCCAGCCCCCUAAUGAGCCUCCACAUGAGCCCCCCAUGA